AUGGCGUCUCGGGGAGAGGGGGCGCCGACCCUGUUUGGAGGGGCGCGUUUCUGGUUAGCUCAAACCGUUCCCCAGAGGACGAGGUUCAGGGAAGACAUACAGAAACAUGGAGGCUUCGUGGUUCUGAUGGAAAAAGACGCGGAUGUCAAGCUUGUGGACCAUAAGAGAAAGAAUCUCCCACAAAACACAUUCUCAUAUCAAUAUGUGGAACGUUCCAUCGCGAAUGGCCAACUUGAAGAUCUAGAGGCGCAUCGGUCAGGUCCCUCUGCAACACGGCCUAUGGGGGCAACAAAUAUCCCUACAAAAGGCAAAAGAUCAGUCUUCACACUGAAAGACGAUCAAAUUGUAUACGACUGGAUUCAUCACUUUGCAAAGAGUCCAGGGGCACCAGUCCAAGGGAACAAAUUCUAUCAAGAUUUGAGCGAAUUGUUUCCCAGUCACCCAUGGCAGUCAUGGCGCAGUCGGUACACCAAGGUUUUACAUGGGAAACCUCGUCCAGGUGGCGGAGUGCCUCUAACAUUCGACGAGAUCCUAGAAUGUGCACCAUCGCAAGGACAGCGCGCAAGGAUCUUGCCCACUCGCACAACUGAACCUACGCCCGCAGCAGCAAUGAGACCAGCAAUGAGACCAAUUGCCCCAAAACCUGCUCCGGCUCAGGCUGAAACGAGCAAUUCAAACGCAAACAUGAAGCGUAAACGUGCCUCGAUUCCUGAGACACCCAACCAACCUCGGCCUGACCUCCCUCCGAAGAGGCGAGCAGUCGAAGUACAAAUCCCUGUAUUCAAGGGCUCUCCUUCACGUCGACCCCCUCAACCACAGCCCUCGCCAACAAUUACAGCAGCACCAUCCCGCAGAAAUGACUCAGAAAACAACUCAUCUACCGAUUUUUCAAGCUCAAGCCCUCAAACAGGUCUUGGGAUCACGGAAAUCCCUCCUCAAACUGCUCGGACACCAAUUUCUCACCCCUUGAAUCGACCAACAAUUGAACGCCCAGAAACUACAAAAGAGUUACCAAAACUACCCCGCCCACCAGGCGAUAAUGCAUUUGCCCAAUUAGCCCGAUUCAACCAACAACCAACAAAGCCCAGACAACCAGUGAGGGAUCCUCUCAAGGAUCCUAUCGAUUCUAUCGACCCAGGUUUCCUGGAACUGCCUUUCCCCCCGCCUAGUCCGGAACCAGAAGCAACUGACGACGAUAUUUCCGAGAUUCCCGAUAUCGAUACUUGGAUGGACGAACGACUGGCUCGAGGCGUGAACGAGACCCAUAUCUUCAAUGCUUUGGCAUGCACAAGUAUGGACCCAAUGAUGGCCGACAAAAUACUCAAACACCUCGGUGCUGGCAAAGGUAUCCCACGGAACGUGCGCGGAGUCUGGACAGCAGAGGACGAUGAAUGUUUCCAAUCAGAGGAGUAUGCAAAAGUACAGCGUGCACUCUCCAAACAUGGCGCCGAUGCCUACAAAGCCAGAUGGGAAUACUUCCGCGGGGCUCGAGAAUCAGGGUUUAUUGAAUGA